CAUCCAUCCCCUUUUUUGUAUCAUAUCAUCAAUCAAUACGAUUCCUAUUAUGUCCUCUCUUCAAUUUUCCAUCUUAUUGUGGGCUUGCUCUUUUUUGGUCAGCCAAUCAAUAGCUCUCUUUUUCCUUAGAUCUCUCUUUACCCUUUCCCCCUUUUUUCAAUCUUUAUUAUAUAAGUACACUUUAAGAAAAAUAGUAAUACGUGGUUCAUUUUUGACUUGCUAUUUUCCACGUUUCAUCCUAUCUACUGUCUCCCUAUUUCUCUCUAUAUAAUACAUUUCUCUCUUCUUCUUCCCUCACAUCAAACUUAACCCAUUUUUACCAUUUCUUUGCAUCUCAAAUUUUGAUUCACUAUGGAAGAAGCAAAUGUUGUUGAAACCAAGGAUGGAACCAUCUCAGUUGCCACUGCAUUUGCUGCUCACCAAGAAGCUGUGAAGGACAGAGACCACAAAUUCUUGACACAGGCGGUCGAGGAAGCGUACAAAGGUGUAGAGAGUGGGGAUGGAGGCCCAUUUGGUGCAGUUGUUGUAUGCAAUGAUGAAGUGGUUGUUAGCUGCCACAACAUGGUGUUGAAGCAUACCGACCCUACAGCUCAUGCAGAGGUUACAGCUGUAAGAGAGGCAUGUAAGAAGCUCAAUCGAAUUGAGCUUUCAGAUUGUGAGAUUUAUGCAUCUUGUGAGCCCUGUCCGAUGUGCUUUGGUGCUAUCCAUCUAUCACGCAUCAAGAGGUUGGUAUAUGGAGCCAAAGCUGAAGCUGCAAUUGCUAUUGGCUUCGAUGACUUCAUUGCAGAUGCUCUAAGAGGCACUGGAUUUUACCAGAAAGCUCAAUUAGAGAUCCAACAGGCUGAUGGUAAGGGAGCCUUGAUAGCUGAGCAAGUAUUUGAGAAGACCAAAGAAAAGUUCCCCAUCUAUUGAAGACAAGAAGCAAAUCACAAUCUAAAGUUAAUCUGAUUUCAUUACUGAUCCUCCUGAUGUUGAUAAACUGAUUAUGCUUUUCUCUGAAUAAUAUUUCUAAGACUACAGUUUCUCAA